UUUGCAAUGCCCCCGCGGAGCGCGCGGAGGCUGCACCUUUAAGAGAAGGGAGGGACCCCUUCUCCCUCGCCCGGAGAGCAACCAGGAAGGGAGUUCACGGCAUCAUACGGGGCUUUGCAUCUACUGUUACAGGCAGGGCAGGCAAGGCAAGGCAAGGCAAAGGCGGGCGAGCAAAAGGAGGCACAGCCAGCCCGAGAGCGGGGAGGCCGGACGCGCCUGGCUGCUGCUUGCCCGUCCACCACCCGCCUCCUCCUCCUCCUCCUCCUCCCCCUUUUCCCCCCUUUUUCCGAGACCCCUCUCGCCUCCGCCCCGCAACGCCCAGAGACCCCCGCGGACCAAGAAGCCCUCUGGUGCCAGCAUGGAGGGCGGUGUGGAUGGCCCCAUUGGGAUCCCUUUUCCCGACCACAGCAGCGACAUCUUGAGCAGCCUGAACGAGCAGAGGAACAACGGGCUGCUUUGCGACGUGGUAAUCCUGGUGGACGGGCAGGAAUUCCCCACCCAUCGUUCGGUCCUAGCGGCUUGCAGCCAAUACUUCAAGAAGCUCUUCACCUCAGGGCUGGUGGUCGACCAACAGAACUUGUACGAGAUCGACUUUGUGGAUGCGGACGCCCUCGCUGCCUUGCUGGAAUUCGCCUACACCGCCACUUUGACAGUCAGCACUUCGAACGUCGGCGAGAUCCUCAACGCCGCCAAGCUGCUAGAGAUCGAGGCGGUGAGGGACGUCUGCACGGAUCUCCUAGACCGGAAGAUUCUGGCCAAAACGGACCAGAUGGAUACAGUAGAUCAAAUUGAUCAAAGGAACCAUCUCCGAGCAAAAGAAUACCUGGAGUUUUUCCAGAGUAAUCCCAUCAAUGGCCAACAGGGCAACUUUUCAUGGACCAACCAAGAUUUGAGAGACCUUCAGAGGCUCACCUUCCGUGGCCGAGAGGAGGACGAAGAGCCGGAUUGCAACGGCAUGGACUUCUACUCGCAGGCCGCCCUCAGUGACAGACCAAAGGCAAACGACUGUGAUCCCGAUGCCAAGCACGCCUUGUGGGACGAGGAUGAGGUGACGGGCCCAGGGCCCUUGUUCCCCGCUUCUCAAAAUGGACAAUUCAGCGGGCGUAGCCUGCCGGUGUCCUUGGGGGAGGAUGACGUACCAGCGGGCAUUCAGUUGGACCAGCAGGAGGUGGGAGAUUCUCCAGCGUUUGCUUCCGGCGGACCCGAGCGAGAUGAGGACCCCCGAGAAGUGGACGGCUUGGCCGCCAGCGCGCUCCUGCAGCAAAUGAUCAAUUCGGUGGGACGGCAACAGCUGGCCGAUGAGGACCGCAAGGACGACGACGGAGUCAUGGAUUAUUACUUGAAUUAUUUUAGCACUUCCCAGGAGGGCGGCGAAUAUCCGUCCUGGUCUCAGAAGGUGGAGAAGAAAAUCCGCGCAAAAGCAUUCCAGAAAUGUCCCAUCUGCGAGAAAGUGAUCCAAGGAGCGGGCAAGCUCCCACGCCAUAUUCGAACCCACACCGGCGAGAAGCCGUACGAGUGUAACAUUUGUAAAGUUCGGUUUACAAGGUAA